UUGGCUUUAUGGAUAUUCACUAACUCGCUAUGACAUCAAAGUACUGGCUAUCUUGAGAGGGCAAAAUGGAGACUAUUUUUGUUAGAAGAAGYCCCGAUUCAGUUAUGGAAUGGACAGCUGAAGACGUUGCAGAUUGGUUGAAGCAGCUUCAACUCGACAAAUAUUGUAAAAGAUUUCAAAGUCAUCUGGUGACUGGUCCCGUUAUUUUACAAAUGGAUGACUUGCUUCUAGAUGAUUUGCAUAUCACCGUUGCUGAAGAAAGAGAGAUGCUUUUAAGGGAGAGCAGAAAGCUUUGUCUGCAAGAACUUGAUAUGGUGAACCAAGCUCUAAGAUACAARCAAAACUCACAAGAAUUCMAUAUCCCUUUCAUCCAUAUUAGUGCAUGUGAAGACCAACAUCGUACCAGUUKUGACGAUCGAGAAAUUGAUGUUAAAAAACCAGGACGAGAAUCAAAAGACGRUGAAAMGGAUGAYAUGGAAAAMAUAACRAAAAAWGRUUGUGAUGCGAAUGGAUGCUCAGAUGAUAAGUGUUAUUCAAGCGAGGCGGAUGAAGUAGCGACAAGAGCAACGAUGAUGGUUGACAUUUURUCGCAAGAAAACAGUCAUUUAAGAAUGCAAUUGGAAGAGUCCGUUCACAAUAUUUGUCUAAAUCAACAGCUAAACGAAAAAGUUACAAAGCUCCAAGAAGAAAACAACAAUCUCAUCAACCAAGUGAGAAGAUACGAGCAUGAAAAMCAAAAACUUGAAAAAAGAAUUCAAGACUUGAGUCGUGAAAACUKCAAACUUCAAGAUUCUUUGAAUCAGCAGGAUAUCGAGUUGGAAAGYAUGGAAACUGAGAUGGGAAAUCUCAAACAAAACAACCGAUURAUAAGGGAUAAAUACCAAAGAUUGAAGUUCAAAGCGGUGGAAAGAGAGAUGUCGAAAAAAKCAUCGAACGGAACAAAUACUGGAAACUUACGGUCCCAAGUGAGUUCAAGUGUUAGUACAGUMGGAAACUUGCAGCUGGUGGAGAAAGUUUACCAAGCAAACAAGAGAUGUGCAGAGUUAGAAGAUACUGUCCGGUGGUUGUAUAAAGCAAUCCUAAUGGAGAAUAAACAUUAUAAAUUACCAGCGAAUGGUGCCUUUCAAGACACUAGUGAACCCGACGACCUCCAAGACCCUAGUGAACCUGAAUGGCCAUCUUUGACAACUUGGACAACUCCAAAUACGAGUGGAUUAUCUGACAGGCAAAAUAAUGAUAUUCUUCAAAGACUUAUUUCCAGAGGACUGCCAACCGACGUAGAUGAUGACAUAUGGGGWCACAGGGUGUAAAGAACGUAACUCCAUCUGAGGAACAAAACUCCUGCAGUCUCUAAUAGUAAAUUGUUGUAAUGAUGCUUUGGCGUCAUUUGUCAGAUUCGAUGAGAUACAAUGCAGAGAAAACAACGAAUUGGUGGAAAUAUUAUGAAACCACCAGAGAAAACUCUUUCCUCGCCAUCUCUGCUAUCGCAAGGAAUCAAGUUGGCUCAGUCUCCAGCCGUCG